GGGUUGGACUUGGAGCCCAAGAAGAACACCGCACCAACAAAAAGGAAACCGGAGAGGGAGUAGUCGGAGGAAGAGGGGAAUCACCACAGACCCAAACCCUACACACCUCGGAUCGAAUAGCAGGAGGAAGAAGGGAGGAAGAGAAGCUUCGAGGAUGUUCCGCAACCAGUACGACACGGACGUGACGACGUGGAGCCCGGCGGGGCGGCUGUUCCAGGUGGAGUACGCCAUGGAGGCCGUCAAGCAGGGCUCCGCCUGCGUCGGCCUCCGCUCCGCCACCCACGCCGUGCUCGCCGCCGCCAACAAGUCCGCCAACGAGCUCUCCUCACACCAGCGGAAGGUCUUCCGCGUCGCCGACCACGCAGGGGUCGCCCUCGCGGGCCUCACCGCCGACGGCCGCGUCCUCUCCAGGUUCCUCCGCUCCGAGUGCAUCAACCACGCCUUCGUCUACGACGCGCCCCUCCCCGUCUCCAGGCUCGCGCUCCGCCUCGCCGACAAGGCGCAGGUUUGCACACAGCGUUCAUGGAAGAGGCCCUAUGGUGUAGGCCUCCUUGUUGCUGGACUAGAUGAGUCUGGAGCUCAUCUCUACUACAACUGCCCCAGCGGGAAUUACUUUGAAUACCAGGCAUUUGCCAUUGGCUCUCGCUCCCAGGCAGCAAAGACCUACCUCGAACGCAGAUUCGAGAAAUUCAACGACUACACCCCGGACCAGCUCAUCAGAGACGCCCUCUCAGCCAUAAAGGAGACCCUCCAAGGUGAGAAGCUGACCAGCUCCAACUGCACCAUCUCUAUUGUCGGCAGAAAGGACGAUGGCACCGUCGAGCCCUUCUCGGUGAUCGACGCCAAGAGGAUCCAGGAGAUUAUUGACUCGAUGGAGGCCGCCGACGAGGUGCCACCGGCCGAUGCGCCGGCUGAAUCGAGCUCGAUGCAGGAGGGGGAUGACACGGGCGCUGCAGGCGCUGAUCCCGCGGCCCCGGCUGAUGCCCCGGCACCGAUGGACAUCUAGGCCUUUCUCCUUCUCUGUUGCGCGUUCAGAAUUUCCUCAAAGAACUAGACUGUUGUUUUUAGAAAAGCCGCGACUCCUGUGUACUGUUUGUGCCUCUACAGUCUGGUGGUGCUUAUCCUUUAACUGAUUGUUUAUCAUGUGAUGAUUGCGAACAGAAUUCGUUUGGUUACCAUGAGGACAGGUUACGUUUAUAUUCACAAGAUCCCUUUAUCCUCUU